AUGGACUCACCACACCAACAUGAGCUCCAAACCGCCAUCGCCGCAGUCCAGCGUGCCGCCCACCUCAGCAAAGCCGUCCUCGCCGCAGCCGGAGACCGCGUGAGCCACAUCGCCAAGGAUGACCACUCCCCCGUCACCGUCGCCGACUUCGCCGUCCAAGCCCUCCUCACCGCCGCCCUCACCGCCGCCUUCCCAGGCGACGCCUUUGUGGGCGAAGAAACCGCCGACGACCUGCGCGCGAACCCGGCCCUCCUCGACCGCGUAUGGACCGUCCUGAAAGAGGUCGCCGCCGACACCGACCUCGCCGAGUCCGACGGGGCGCCCCAGAUCCCGGACUCCCCGGAGCGCCUGUGCACGCUCGUCGACCGCGCCGGCCUGGGCGUCCCCGGCACGGGCAGGGUCUGGGUGUUCGACCCCAUCGACGGCACGCAGACCUUCCUCCGCGGCGAGAUCUACGCCAUCAACGCAUGCCUCCUCGUCGACGGCGAGCAGACCGUCGCCGUCGUCGGCCUGCCCAACCUCAGCCCGCAGGCUACCUACCCCGUCACCGACCAGUCGGUCGAUCCCGACCCGAAAGGCGGGUCCAUCCUGUACGGCGUUCGGGGACGCGGGGCGUUCCGUCGGCCCUUGGCGGGACCGGCUGGUCUCGUGGGCGACCGACUCCCCCGCCACGAGGGAACGCCGGAGAAGCUGCGCUUCGUCACCAGCACGGCGGCGGGCUCUUCUUCCCCGGGCGUCAAUGAGAAGGUCGCCGCGAGGCUCGGCAUGGAGUACCCGGGCAACGAUCUUCUGGGCUGGGUGCCGCGGUGGGCUACGCUGGCCAUGGGCUAUGCGAACGUGACGGUCUGGGCGUACGCGCGGCGCGAGAGGCAGGGGAAGAUUUGGGACCAUGCGGGGGCCAUGCUCCUCUUCGAAGAGGUCGGGGGGAAGGUCACCGACGUGGAUGGGAAGGCGCCCGAUCUGAAGGUGGGCCGUAAGAUGGUCUCCAAUUAUGGUUGGGUUGCUGCGCCUCCUGGCAUACAUGGUCGUGUGCUGGAGACGGUAAGGGAGGUGUUGAGGGAAGGGGGCCAGGGACAUUUGCUACGGUGA